CACACUCGGAAAAUCAAAACAUAGCUAUAAAAGUUUUCAUGGCGUGUGGGCCGGUGCGAGUGUUUCUACUGCUUAGCCUCGAACAGAUCAUCAACCCCUUUGCGAGUGUCCAAAUCGAACAAGACCCACGUUGAAUACUCCAAAAUCCCACACUUUCUCUCUUUUUUUUCCUCGCCCACCAACCGGAAACGGUGCCAAUAGAAAGAAAAUUUUCCAACCCCAACAAUUACUAUCAAUGUGUGCGGAUGAUUUUCUUCGUGAUUGUCGUGGUUUCUCGUCCAAAACAACGGAAAAGAUUAUGAUUUGUAGCGUAUUGGUGACAUGCACCAUGUGGGUACGUCAAUAAGGAGGCGCUUGUGUUUGUUUUGUGUGUGGGCGCGUCAGUGUAAUUAAGAUGAGGAAGAAGAAGGUAAUGAUGAUGGCAAGGCAGAUUGUGAAAGUAGAGAGGGAUAAACUCGCUUCAUGCAUGGCAUGUCCUUUAUGCAAUAAGCUCUUCAGAGACGCCACUACAAUAUCUGAGUGCCUCCACACCUUUUGCCGGAAGUGCAUAUAUGAAAAGAUAGCAGAUGAGGAAUUGAAUCACUGUCCAGAGUGCAACAUAGAUUUAGGUUGUGCUCCACUGGAGAAACUAAGGGCGGAUCACAGUGUGCAAGAUUUAAGGGCUAAACUCUUCCCUUCUGUAAGAAAAAAGAUUAAGGCAACUGAAGCUAUACCCUCAGUUCCAUUGCCAGGAAAAAGGAAGGAGAGAUCUCUCUCUUCAUUGGGGGUAGGUGUAAGCACAACUAGACUAAGUGCCCAUUCUGGUCUGAUUGGAAGAAGAAUAAAAUCUGCUGCAAGAAAGUGUCUUGCUCUACAAGAAUCUACUUCUUUUGUUAAUGAGCCUUUUAACAGAGAGGAAGAUGAUAAGAAAGUGGAUGAUUGCCUGGUCAGUUUAAGCUCGCCUGAGCCUCUAUUUAAAUUUGCACAAAAUAGAGGGCAGAAUUCUUCCAAUGCUGAGUCACCUAAGCAACAAAUGCGUAAUAAACCAACGGUGGACCACACUGAACCAUGUGAGGGGACAAAUGAUUUGUGGAAACCCUUAAAUUGCCUGGUGGAAACUGCAAGCAAAACUAAGUCUUUUAAGUUCAACAUGCAUGGGACAACAAUGCUGCCUGACGCCAAUGAAGCACAUGUUCCUAAAUCCAACAUAAAGGGACGCGGUAAUAAAUCAGAAGGCCAUGGUCAUGAAAAUGGCUUAGCUACUGCAUCAUCAGGUUCAGUGAAACCUAGAAAAUUGCAAGCUGUUCGACAAAGAAGUACAGCUGUCUCUGAUAUUCCAGGACAAGCAGUGCUUGAUGCAAAUAGUAAACGUGACAGAAGAUUUAGUCCACUUUGGUUCUCAUUAGUUGCCUCUGAUGAACAGGCAGGAGAUGCACCCUUGCCGCAGAUAUCCUCAUGCUAUUUGAGGGUUAAGGAUGGUAGCUUACCUGUUUCAUUUAUCAAAAAGUAUCUUGUGAAAAAACUGGAUCUUGCUAGCGAGGCUGAGGUGGAGAUCUUGUUGUGGGGUCAGCCAUUGAUUUCUACACAGCAACUUCACGACUUGGUAGACAUGUGGUUGCAGACAAAACCAACAUCAGAAAGAAUAGAGACAUCUGUGGGUAGCUCAGCCAAGGAUUUUGUGAUGGUUCUGUCAUAUGGUCGAAGCGCUUAGCCCCCAUGAACAUGUUUCAAUGAUGCUUAGAGUCACCUCUAUCUCCAAAGUAAUCUCAGUCAAGGCAAUCCAAGGCAAUUUUAAUCUUCCCAGAGCAUGCGUUUGCCUGGAAAGUCUUAAAUUCCCCUAUGUUUUGUGCAUCCACGCGUGCGUACCUAUGCUAUAUUCAUGGCGUGUGGCGUAGACAUUGGCUGCAUCUUUAUUGAAUGACUUUUUAUUGAUAGC